GGGCAGCUGCUGGGAGGAGCACAGACGCAGGAAGUGAGGUGGGGAGAGCUGCAAAGGGUGUAGGGAGACCUUCCUGGCCUGUGCAACCAGGCUGAGGACUGCUGGGCCGUGGCCUUGGUAAGUGCCUGUUCUGGCCUCCAGUCUGAGCAGGCCCUGAGAAGCCCCCUGGUGCCCUGGGGGCAGCAGAGGGCCAGGGUCUAGGAGGGCAAGGCCCUGCUGGGUGGGGGCACUGGGACCUCAAAGCAGCCUGGGUAGGCAGCCUGGGCCCUCUCCCGGUCUGGGCACACUGAUCCAGCCUCCAGAUGCCACUCCCUCACCCCCGGUCCUGCUGCUGGACUGCCAACUGAGUGACCGGUCCCCAGGAGGAGGCAGACCCUACAGCCUGGAUGUCUGGAGAAGGGAGUGUGAAAGCAUGGGGACAGCUCUCCUGCCGUGCCUCUGCUCCUGGCUCCUGCGGGGCCCACAGUGAGUGGCUCGGGCAUCACCUGAGCCGGCCAGGCCUAGGCGGGUGUCUCACAGGCCCAGGGGUGACCUCAGAGGCUUCCCCAGGCCCUGGGCUUGGGCCACAGUGAGUGCAGGGGGGCCUCGGCCAUGUCACAGCUGCCCUGUCCCCUCCUCACUAGCCUGUCUUGGCCAUCACUGUCGUUAAGUGACAGGCGCCAGGCAGAGUGCUCCUCUACACUCGCCAGGACACCAGCACUGCAGGAAGGUGGGCGCCUCUGGGAGGGAGAGGAGCCUUGGGGUUUCCUGUGUGAGUCAGAGCUGGAGGGGGAGGUGCAGAUGGGGGCUGUGGGCGGUACCAGCCCUGCUUCUUGUCCCCAGGCAGUCCUGGCUUCCCAGAUGGCUACAUGGGUGAGCUGGACCCCUCCUGCCCUUUGGACCUUCGGGUGUUCGGCCCUGCUCCUCUGCCUGUGGGCGCUGUGCUCGGCCUGCUCCAGGAAGCAGGCUCCAAGGCCCAGGAGACCCUGUGCUGGGUCGCAGGACACAGUGAAGCCUGUGGAAGUGUCACUGCUCAGACAGACUGCCCUCUGCCCACUCAGCAAGUCGGACACCAGACUGCAUGAACUCCACCGUGGUCCACACAGCUACAGAGCCCUGCGACCUGCCAGCAUGGAUCUCCUGCACCCACGCUGGCUGGAGGUCUCCGUGGGCGGCACCGGGUUGCGCGCCUCCUCUGCCGUCCCCCACCAGGAGCUGCCCAGACCUCUGCCCGCUGCUGCCGCUGUGCUCCCCCUCAGCCCGGAGGCCACCUAUUCCAAUGUGGGGCUGGCCGCCAUCCCCAGGGCCAGCCUGGCUGCGAGCCCGGUAGUGUGGGCAGGGGCAGGGCUGACCAGAAGCUGUGCCAGGCCUGGACCAGGGGCCAGCCCAGUGGUGGCUGAGUAUGCUUGCCCUGAGAAACUCAAGGAGACAGAUUGGGGCGCCCGGAAACAGGCUGAGGUGACUGCAGCUGCUCAGGGCCGGUACCUUUGCCAGAAAGACAGAAACAGAAAGCGAGAAAUCACCCCCUGGGGGGAUGGCCAUGCUGCAAUCCCUUCUCCAUUCUCCUCUCGGGAUCUUGGGCACGCACACAUGCCCAGCGUGAGUUUAAGCCCCCCGGGUCCGGGGUUCAAACCGCUGUCGACGACAUGGGAGUCCAGCGACAUGGCCAUUAAACUAACUGCUGGUCCCCAGCCUGCCCUUAAGAGCUGACGGAACGGGGACGGAUGGCGGGGGCUCCCAUUCUCGUGUGCUGCGCCUGAGCUCAGUGGGGUGGGGAGCCUGCGGUCGUGGCCUCCAGGCGGCGUUGGUCUUAGGGGACAUCGCGGCCGGCCGUAGGGUGGCCACCCGGGUGUGGGACUUGGACACAGCUCCUCGGGAGGGCCCUGCCUCCUGGCCCUGGUGUCACACCAGGCGGGGCGGACUACGCGUUAGAGUAACCUGCUCCCGGAAGGCCGCCAAGCGGACGUGCCCCUUCCUCAGCUCCGGCGGGUCCACGUCUACGCCCAGGGCCCACCCCCGCGGCCGGGACGUGCGGGCGCCCGGGACCCGGCGGGGGCCAGGGGCCCUCUGGAAGGCGGGAGCACUCGCGGGGGCGGGGCCGUGGGGUGCUGGCCA